UUCAUUUUCAGCUUCAAAACAAAUAAUGUGUAUUUUAAUGUUUUAGUUCAUUAUAAAAUCACUUUCUUCAUGAAAAAUACCUUUAAUGCAUCAUUAUAAUAGUCUACCAAUACGAGCAAAGAUUUAAAAAAGCUGCAUACAUAAUUUUAAAUAUGACUCAAGUUUUAAUGGGCAAAGUUUUACCUAAUUUAAAAAUAACAUUAGAUGACUCAAACGCUGAAGAAAAUAUUGAGGAAGGAGAAAUUACUGAUGAUGAAUCCGAAGUUGAACAUUUUAUUUCAUCAGAGAAGGAAAAACCCCAAAGUAUUGAAAUAGUAAGAACCUGGAUGAAAACAUUACCUAAUCCAAAAGUAUAUGAAAACAAGAAUGGUGCAUUUAUUACGGGGAUUGAUCUUUCUUCUGAGGUAGUUGUUAAAAAGUUAGAAGAACGUGCUGCUAGAUUUGGUCUUGAAAGAAAUGAAGAACGUCAAAUUACUCAAGAUGAAAUCAAUGCUUUAUAUAGCAGUAUGGAUAUUGAUAUUGAAAAUAGGAAUUCAAAUAAAAUUAUGAACAUCCGUUUGAAUGCCAUUCACAUGAGAGGUGUCAAUGAAAUGAAUACCAGUGAGAUUUUCCAGUAUUUUAGUGAUUAUGGAGCAUCAACAGUUGAAUGGAUCAAUGAUUAUUCCUGUAAUGUUGUUUGGGUGGAUGAUACAAGUGCUGCCAGAGCCCUCCUUGGCAUGAGUAGAGUUCUUUCCAUAAAAAGGAAGAAAGAUGAAAAUGAUAUGAAGUUUGAUUUGAAAAAUGAUGAGAAAGAUUCCAAGGACAGCAAAGAAAAUGAAGCCAUUAUUUUGAUGUCUGAAUCUGAAGAGAGCGACAGCGAAGAAAGUGUGCAUAGUUCAAGUAAAAGUGAAAAAGGCGAUCUGCCUAUGGACAUUGAUCAAAAAGAGGAUGUGGUUACACGGGAUUCUCCUUCUGUUGAUGUUCCAAUACCGCCAGGAACUUGGAGACUUGGAAUGCCUCAUCCAAAAGCUAAAGCUAUAUUGCUAAGAUUUGCAACAAAAGAUGAUAGGAAAUUACCUGGAGCCGAGAAAAGAAGCCAGUUUUACCAGAAGUAUGGGAAUCCAAAUUAUGGAGGUUUAAGAGGUCUUAUAAGCACAUCAAGAAAGCGAAAAAUUCAAGCUGCAAAAAACAGAGAAGUGAUUGGAAAGUUCAGUCAAGAAACCAAUUAUCAAGAUGAAAUUCAUGCUUUCAUUCAGGAUCGACCAGCAGCACCAAGAUCAGGUCGUUUGAAGCAGCCUAGGAUGAAAAUGUAUGCUGAUGAGGAAGAAGAAAAGAAGAUCAAAAGAAAAAAGCAAGUUGCAGAAUAUUCAUCGGACGGGAAAAAGAAUAUUUUCAGUCGCCUAGGAACCAAGUACACCAAGGAGGAUCUCUAUCAUCUUGGAAGAAAGUUCUCUGACAAUGAAGAAAAUGAAAGUGAUAAAAAAGAAGAAAGGAAAGUAACUUCUCGUUUCAGCAUAUGGAAUGAUAUUGCGAAGUCGAUGGCAGACGAAGAAAAUUAUUCGCCUCGUGAUGAAGUGAAAAGCAAAGAGCCAACUAGGGAUUUAAGAAAUAAUCUCGAUGGUUCAGCUUCUCGCAAGAGGACACACUCACCUCCCCGAUAUCAUGAUAAGUUUUCCUCUCGUAUCUCAUCUCAUUCUUCAUUCUCAGACAGAAGAGUGAAGUCUUCAUUCUCAGACAGAAAAAUGAAGUCUUCAUUCUCAGACAGAAGAACGAAUUCAUCCUCAGACAGAAGAAGGGAUUCAUCAUCAGACAGAAGAAUGAAUUCAUCCUCAGACAGAAGAAGGGAUUCAUCCUCAGACAGAAGAACGUAUUCUUCAAAAUUUCAAGGUGAUUUGCGAUCAAAGAUUAAAAAAUUAAAAAGAGACGAUUCAGAAUCAGCUUCUAAGCAUCGUUCCCCCUUAUGUAAAGAUGAUUAAUAUUGCACGUCUAUGGAAAAACCUUAAAAAUCUUGUUUUAAAGAUCUUUGUGGUCAAUCAACUUUUAUAUGAAAAUUAAAAAUGGAAAUUAAACAUUGCUAAUUACAGUGAAAUCCC